AUGAGAUGUAUUGGACGGAGAGAACAAGCACAACUGUCCCAGGCUUUGAACGGCAUUUCAGACAAAGCAAAGGAAGCAAAAGAAUUUUUGGUGCAACUGAAAAAUAUUUUACAGCAGAUACAGGAAAAUGGCUUGGAUUAUGAAGCUUGUCUGGUUGCUCAGUGUGAUGCUUUAGUUGAUGCUUUGACUCGCCAAAAGGCCAAAUUGCUCACCAAAGUUACCAAAGAGCGUGAGCACAAGCUAAAGGUUGUAUGGGACCAGAUAAACCACUGCACUCUGAAACUGCGACAGUCAACAGGACUUAUGGAAUAUUGCCUAGAAGUAAUCAAAGAAAAUGAUCCUUCCGGUUUCUUACAGAUUUCAGAUGCUUUAAUCAAACGUGUUCAAGUAUCUCAGGAGCAAUGGGUCAAAGGAGCGCUGGAACCAAAAGUAUCUGCUGAAUUCGAUCUAACAUUGGAUAGUGAACCGUUACUGCAGUCAAUCCAUCAGCUGGACUUCAUUCAGAUGAAAUUUCCUCUUUCAGUACCCCCAGUGCCACUCCUACAGUUGGAGAAAUGCUGUACUCGAAACAACAGUGUGACACUUGCCUGGCGGAUGCCACCCUUUAGCCACAACCCAGUGGAGGGAUACAUCUUGGAGCUUGAUGAUGGAGAUGGUGGCCAGUUUCGAGAAGUAUAUGUGGGCAAGGAAACCUUGUGUACAAUUGAUGGUCUUCAUUUCAAUAGUACCUACAAUGCAAGAGUGAAAGCCUUUAAUUCAUCCGGAGUAGGCCCUUAUAGCAAGACGGUUGUUUUACAAACUUCUGAUGUGGCUUGGUUUACAUUUGAUCCCUGUUCAGCCCAUAGAGACAUAGUCCUUUCAAAUGACAACCAGACUGCUACCUGCAGUAGCUAUGAUGAUCGUGUGGUUCUGGGCACUGCAGCUUUCUCAAAGGGAGUCCACUAUUGGGAGCUGCAUGUGGACCGUUAUGAUAACCAUCCAGAUCCAGCCUUUGGGGUUGCUAGAAUCAAUGUGGUCAAGGAUAUGAUGCUGGGGAAGGAUGACAAAGCCUGGGCGAUGUAUGUUGACAACAAUCGCAGUUGGUUCAUGCAUUGCAACUCCCACACUAAUCGGACAGAAGGAGGUGUUUCAAAAGGUGCAACUGUAGGUGUUCUUCUGGACCUCAACAAGCACUCCUUAACGUUUUACAUAAAUGGGCAGCAGCAGGGCCCUCCGGCAUUUGAGAACGUGGAGGGUGUUUUCAUGCCUGCAUUAAGUCUCAACCGAAAUGUUCAGGUGACUCUACACACAGGUCUGGAAGUACCUCAGACAGUAAGACCACCAAAGCUGCCAAGCAACUGAGUUCCUGCUACUUGUAUCUCAGCUAGAUUUUAUAAUCUUUCUAAAUGAUCAGUUUUAAAAUAACACACUCAUAGUUGAAAUCAAAAUAAUGAUGGUUAGAUUUAGGGAUGUUUGCUGGGAGAUUAAAACAGCCAAGAUGGCCUCUGUGACCCACUUCUUUUUUACAUGCUUUAUACACAUAAAAAGGAGUGGGUUUCAAAUCCACCGUUCCAGAUGCCCUCUUGACUUUAUUUUAACCUAUCCUGUGGAUACCCCGGUUUAAAUAACUCAAUAAUUUCCUUCUUAGUUCUACAUGCCUUUUAAACUUUUAUAUUGUUUCAAGAGUGCUUAUACCACCGAACUGCCUGUGCAUUUUGGCUUUAUCCUUGUGUGAAAGCUUACCAUCUGCCAUUUGAAGGUAUCACAUGCUAAAGUUUCAUUUUCUUUUCACACAUCGAUUCUGUUUUCGUACAGCAAAAGAGAGAGAAAUCAACAAUAUACAAAUGCUGUUGAUUAUGGUGGGAAUUAAUCAUCUUUAAUCUUCUCUGGAACAUAUUUGUUCUGGGCACAUUUUGCUUGAUCCCGAUCUGUGACUAUGAUAUAUUGACAUAGAGGAUUAUAGCUAUAUCCUUUAUGGCCUAAUUGCUUGAAGGAGUUUCAGUAUGGUAGAGGCUGCUGUCCUUGCGCAGAUGUUUGGAUUAAGUGCUAUUCCAAAGAUUUGGGCAUAGCAGAAUAAAAAUAAAGUGGAUUGGGUUCAGUAGCAUCAUUAUCAUUCCUUCUACUGUAAGGAUUAAACUUCUAACGCAAUAUAUACAGUACUGCAAAUCUCCAAAUGUUUAAUCCAGAUUAUUGUAGCGUUCUCUUUGAAUAUCUGUUCUGAUAACUCUGCCUUCAACACAAAGCUCAUACUGUGCUGCUGUAUUUGUGUGUGUUGACUUUGCGCUGACUUUGAGUGCCAUAUUGUAAUCACAUAAUUUUUAGAGCAGAUGUUUAGAAGAAACCAAAGAUCCAUUCAUAUAUGGGGAUAUGAAGCAAAGGAAGCUCAGAAUCCAAAUCUAUACAAAGAUGACUCAUUAAUGUUUUGAUGAAUUCUAUACUCACAUUUUCCUUCUUUGUCUUGUCAUUAUUCCACAUGGAUUCAGCUGGCAAAAGAACCUUUAUCUUGUAUUCGUAUAUACUUCUACUAGUCUUUGUGGAUGCAAAUCUUACACUUGCAAGAUUAACAUGUGAUCAAGGGUAACUAAUCUCUUCUUUCCAGAAAACAAGUUGUUAAUACACCCCUAACAAGAAU